UCCUGACGCUGCUGCUCCAGCAGGACGACGACGCGCGGCGCAGGGGCGCAGCGAGUAACGGAUUACUGAUCAACCCAUCAGCUCAUCGAUGAGACUCGGAUUUAUUUGGCUCCAAACUUUACGCUCAACUAACGGAUGUUUUCCUCCACGUUUUUUGAAACAGGAGAAAUGACAUGACAACCAUCUUUUCCCUCCAGCCCGCCUGUGCAGCUGAAGCCGCCGGUUCACCAGAGAUGAGAAGAGUCUGAAACAAAGUUCAACAGUUUCUUCUUCUGGACUUGUUAUGAACAAAGAGCCGCGCGUAAAAAGCCGGUUUUACGCGUUGUUCUAAAGCGCAUUGGAAAAAAAACAAAUCUGGAUCCACUUUUCCACAGCGGAAAUUAGCUCAAGAGCAGCAGCCUGGAUCCACUUCUGCUGAAACAUGGUCGCUGGGACUCCGCGUAGAACCGGGAUCUGACACCGACUUCUGGCUUCAAUAAGUUGUUCUUUAUCUCGAUGGGAAGAUGUUCGCUGGACUCAUGGGGCUGGACUGUCACAACAACUCUCUGCUUCACCUCUGCGAAGUCACAGAAGGUGGCAGAGCAUCAGGUGCGGCUGGCAGCUCCGGCCGUAAGAGGCUCCACAGAAGACCGGGGUACAUGAGGGGAGAGCAGUCCAGACUACAGAGCAUGCCUCGUGGUCAGGAGGAUGAAGAGGAGGAGGAAGGGACGACCACCUGCUUAAGGAAGGAGAAAUCUGGGCAUCACACUGACCUCACUGAAGCCAACUGCACACAGAGGAUGAGUCUAACACCUGCUGUCAAAGUGUCCUUAAUAAAUCAGCAGCAGCCUGAUGAACUCACAUGUAGCUCCAGGAAGAGUAAGAGCGUUAUCUGCUCUGUUACCCAUCCUCUGCCUCAUGAGGUCUGCACUGCCGUCUCCGGUACAUCCAGCCAUCAGGGUCUGUCCCCACUUCCGCAGAGGGAUCUCAGGUUAAAGUCAACCCCAGCACUACAGUCCUCGCCGUUGGACUCCUUUAGCUCCAGCUUCAGUUUCAUCCAGCUGUCGCUCGACUCCAGCCACAGAACUGACAAAACCACUGCUGCAACAGCCCGGGAACCACAACCACUCAAUCAGUCAUCUAAAGCACCUCGUUCACCUCAAACAAAACCAGAAAGCGUCCCUGCUUAUGUCUUCAAGCACUCCACUACUGGCCAAUCACCAAGCUCCUCUGCUCCUGGCAGCCAGGCCGAGGGAGAGGAGUUAUCACUAGGUGGGAGGUUUUGGAGGGAAUGUUUGUGGGAUGGCAGGGAGGCUUCGUCCGACCUGCCUGACUGCGACUCCCAAUCCCUGGACAUAGAGCUCACCUCCUCACUGUCUGUGGACUCAGACACAGCGUCCGCCUCCUCUGUGACCUCGGGCUAUGAGAGCGCCACGCCCGCCUCCGACCAAUGCUGGGACAACCUGGUGAAGAAGUACGAGGUUGUGCUGCAAGACUGCCUCCAAAACAACCGCACCCACACCAAGAUUGAGUCCCUGAUGUUGAAGCUGCAGAGACUCCAGCAGAAGGCUAUUUUGGAUGAUGACUAUGACGCAGCCGAGCGAUUUGGGAAAAAACUGGAGGAGCUGUGCAGUGAGCGAGGAGCUCUGCAGCUGGGUUUACCCUCCAGACAAACCAGCGUGGCUCUGUUCCUUGAGCGGCUCAGACAGGUGGUGCACAGCGCCCUCCAGAGGGCAGACUGCAGCCAGCGCAGGGAGGGUGCAGGGCCGGACGGGGGGGAACGGUGUGACUCAUCCCAGGAUCCGCUGCUUCAAAGAGAUCGUCUGAUCCGAGAGAAACGGAUGGUGGAGGAGGAGAUGGCCGAGCUGCAGCAGAGGCUGGUGGAGCUGAGGGACCGCAGUCGAUGUGUGGAGCAGCAGAUCCAGCAGGAGGAGCAGCAGGUGGAGGCUGAGGAGCUGGAGGGCUCCGUGCUGAGGGGCUGCACCGAGGCUCAGCUCCGCGACAUGAGCCGAACUCUGCAGGACCUCGUCACAUCCGAAAACCGCCUGCAGAUUUCCGUCUCCCUGCCACCGUCCACGCUAAGGCUGCAGGAGCAGGAGCAGGCAUUGAAUCUGUCCAUCAAGGAAGCCACAGCUAAAGUGGUCAUGAGUCAGAGGCUGGGAAGCAGCCUAAGGAGGAAAGUCAGUGAGACUGAAACACAGCUUUUGGCUCUGCAUGAAGCCAAACUGGCGGCCAUCUCAGGUAAUGACUUCAGCAGUGCCAAGGAGCUGAAGGCUGAGAUGAAGGCGGUGUACCAGGAGCGGGAUCGUCUGGAGGCUCUGACCAAGAGGCUGCACAGCCUCAGCUCGGGGAGCAGCCAGGACCUGGCCAGGAUGAAGGAGCAGAGGCAGCAGCUCAGGCAGGAGCUGGAGGAGAAGGAGGCCCAGCACGAAAGCCGACUGAAAGAGAACACCACCAAGUAUAUUGAGCUGUUGGAGGACAGGCUGCACAGUUGUGGCUGUCCAGGUCUGGAGCGGAUCUGGGAAGCGGACUAUGAGGCGUGUCACCUGUUCCUGAGAGGCCUCCAGCUGCGGACCCCCAGCUGCAAUGGACCAGUGGACAUCGAAGACCUCCCCACCGCCGCAGUUUAUCCUCCAGCCCAGCCUUGCACCAAAGAGGAAGAAGACUGCGCCAUGCUGACUGCUCUAGGGGGGCGCUGGUGUCCUGAGGCCAACUUGCAGAACUCAGAGUUCACAAAGAAGCUGGAGGAGUUUCUGUUCUGCAUGGAGGAGAAUCACCCAGAGGACGGGUGCAGCGAGGCUGAGGCUGCAGACCUGACAGUGCGCUGCGAGCUGAUCAGUGACAGACUAAUGACCUUGGAAGAUGAAUUGCAGAUGGCCAUACUAAACCGGGAUCAGGCCCUCACCCAGUCCCUGGAUAAAGAAGUUCAGGAGAUGAAAGCCGCACUGCAGACCAUGCUCGUGCAGCUCCAGGAAGAGGAAGAGGAAAGGAACGAGUUAACAGAUGAUGACCACGUGAAAAAUGGGAUUGAGGCAGAAGAAGAGGAAGAAGAGGAGGAGGAGGAGGAGGAGGAAGAGGAGGAGGAGGAGGACCAGUACUUCAGUGACAGCUGGGACAUUUGAAAUGGAUGCCUGUAGUGUUUUAUGACCACUCACACGCGGACCGGCUCUCUGAGACCCUGACCCCGGCUUUGCUGUGGAAGUGAUCCCAUAUCCAUUAACUGUACAGGCUCCCUCAAAGCGCUUUACAACCAGCCUCUGUGGUACUGCAGAAAGUUUCAGCUACAACGUCUGUGUGACAUUUUAUACACAAAUAAAAAAAUAUUAAGGUUUUUUUCUAAAUAUAAAAUCAAAAAAUAAGGCACUUUAUUGCUUAUUUUGUCGUUCCUAGCCUAAAUAUGAAAGAGUCCUUUAGACCACUGAGCUUACAUGACGAUUAUUUCAAAUGGGUUGUUGGAUCCAUGUUUUCAUGUCAUGUCUUAUUUGUGCAGAGAAAUUAAGUGUUUUUUUCCUUCAGGUCACAGCUACGACAUAGUAUUAGGGCCAUUUUUACGAGAAUGAAGUCCUAAUAUAACGAGAAUAAAGUUGUAAUUUAGAGGAAACUCUUAAUAUUGCAAGAGUGAGGUCGUAAUUUACGAGAACAAAGUUGUUAUUGUACAAGGUUUAUUAAGAGAUUUUCCGUUUUUUUCUGACACAGGUAAAAGUUAUUUAUGUAAAGUGCUAAAACAUAGUGUAACUGUAGUGCAUAAAGAGAAAACCAUACAGUCAGUGCAUGGACUCAGUAGUGUCAGUUACACACUAUCCAUUGUUUGCUAAUAUUAGAUAACAUCAGCCAUCAUAAAUUACCUAAGGAAUUCUGUUACACCAAACCCACUGGGCUGAAUAGCUUGACGAAUUGUGGCAUUUAUUAUGAACUUUUAAUUUAUAAAUUAUUUGAAAAAUAUAUUUCUUCUUCCAAAAGUAUUUUAAACAAGAAAUCCAAACUAAAGCUGAAAUGACUGAUGUCACCCUGCAGCUACCAGUGAAUUGGACCAAACAAUCGACAAUGUAAACAUAUUUUACAGGAAACAUUCUUGCACAUAAACUUUAUACUGCUCAUUUUUUUUUACUUGUUUUUUUGUAGAAUUUGAAUGUCAUUUUGUGCAUUAAAUAUCAUUUGUGGUGCUACAGAAUGUGAGCUAACUUGAACACUUUAUUUUUGAGUGUGGAAAAUGCAAUAUUUCGAUUUUUUUGUUCCCUCCCUGUCUGAAAGCAGUGUAUCAUUGGAUAGAUGCUCUGUACUUUAUAUCGAUCACGUUUGUGUCUUAAACAUUUAUAUAUUAAAAGAUGAAGGACAAAAUAUGAGUGGGCACAUAAAAUAAGGAUUUGCAACUGCUGUUUUUUUGUCAUUUUUCUUUUCUUUUAUUCAAUGUCAGCUCAGAAUACACUUGUUCAUUCCACUGACUUUUUGCCAGAAACCUUUUUUCCUGCUUUCACCCAUUAAUCCGUUUUUUUAAUUCACUGUGCAGCUUGAAGUGGCUGUAUCAUACAUUUAUUCCAUACAACAUCUCACUAAUUACAGCAUGUACAAUUCAGCCUAAUGUUGUGUCCUGCUGUUUUCCUCUUGUAUUGAGUUACUACCCCUCCGGUGAUUUUCCCUCAUAUAAAAAGUGCGGGCAUGCUGCCAGGGCAGUGGUGACAUGUAGGAGAUAUCAAUACGGUAAUAAAGGUUCUCUAGUGAGCUCUUUGGGGGAUACACGGCCCUCUAUUGUUAUCUCACCUCCGCAGCGGCGGUGUGGCUAAUUGGGAGGCGGCCCCUCCGAGCACAUGGCGGGGGGAAACGGGAUGGUGUUGCUUUGUCUCCAUCUGAUUCAUAUUUCUUGGGGGGAAGCAGGGGGCUAUUGAGGGAUCCACAGAGGCGUGUCGGCCGUCUUGCGCUCAGGGGUGUAAACACAGCCGAGUGCUCAGGGUUUUUCCACAUGCAGCACAAUGGGCCUCUCUCACAUUACGGCCAGGUUGCAAACCACUUCCCAGGCCAGAAGUCUCCACAUCGAUCAGCCUCGGGCGGCGCACAGACACGGCCGACACCUUCCUGCCAAACACCCCUAUACCUCAUAAUUGAAUCUGUGCUUGCGCCAUACUGUGCCCCCGAGUGGCAGCUCGGCUCAUAAAAUGGCCACGGAGAGAAUGGCUUUCAGUAGCCAGGUACACUCACUGUAGCAGGGUGAGAUGUUUCGGAGGGUCCUUUGUCUCAUCACACAAUGAUAGUCUUACACAUUAUAUUAUUUUAAUCUCUUUUCUUGGAAUGGGGGGGUGUGGCCUAGGGGGUAGAGUGGUCGUUCUCCAACAAAAAGGUUUGCGGUUCAAUCCCCACUCUUCCCCAUCUGCAUGCCGAAGUGCCCUUGGCAAGAUACUGAACCCCUAAAAAUGGCCCCUCAUGAAUGUUGAGUGUACUAAUUGUAAGUCACUUUGGACAAAAGCGUCAGCCAAAUGACAUGUAAUGUAAUGUAUACAUUUUCCAUCUGCCCCUCUCCGUUGCUGUUGUUCCUGUCAUGCUUCAUGUUCUUUCAUGGGAAAAUAAUAUGUUUACAUUUUACACGUUAACCUUCAAUUCCUUAAAAUAAUAUAAUAAAGAUAUGAAAUGCC